UUUCCCCAACUGAGCAGAUGUGGGGUGGGAUGGGGAUGUGCUCAGUGCCCAAAUGCCGCCUCCAGAUCUGGGAACAGAUCUGAAUUCUUCCGGAUCAGGAACUGCGCUGGGAACGGAGCUCCAUCUGCUCCUGGUGCAUGCGGCCCCACGGGGUGCGAGCAGCAGGGAAGGGUUAAACCCCACCGCACUCACCCACAGAAAGCCAAGCCCAGAUUAACCGCUGCAGGACGUCACUUUCCAUUAUGGGAAGGGCUCCCAGGGCAGCUCUGGGGCUGGGAUUAGGGGCUGGCACAGCGAGCUGCGAUGUGCGGGGCGAGGAGCUGCUGCUGAGCGGGGCCAUGUGGGAGCGCGCCCGCACGGCGCUGCUGGGCUCACUGUCCAUGGGCUCCGCACACCUCUGGGUGCAGAUUCGGGCUUUCUGGCACAAGAACGGCCUGCUGACCCUGUCCAUGCUGUCGGUGGCCACCGGCUGCCUGCUGGGCUUCCUGCUGCGGGCGCUGGAGCUGACGGAGCUGGUAAGGAUGGGGUGGGAGCAAAGGGAGCACGGAAGGGCUCAGCACUGAAUGCGUGGGCUCCUGCCUGAGGGAACAACCUCUCACAGAUGGGUUUUCUUCUUAUUUUGGCCCCAGAGUGGCAGGACAAAUCCUGCAUCCCUCUGUUGGGGACCCCGGUGUGCUGCAGGGGGUGGGAGGGGAAGGCAGCUGCUGCCCUGUGCCCUGGGCUGGGUGCUCACUGCUUCGGGCCAUCCUUGGCACAGCAGUGCUGGUAUCCCACAGCCAAAACUCCUCUACUGCUGGUGCAGGUGCUCAGCAUCCAGGCGAGUCCCAGCACAAACCUCUCCAGAUUCCCAGGGGUCCCCUACUGUUCCUAAAGGGCCAUUAAAUGUCACCGUGCUAAAAUCACAGCAGUUUUAUCUCAGCCCUGAUCUGCAGGAUGCUCAGCUGCUGCCGGCACAUCCCCGUGUAACCUGCAGGGAUUUGGCAUUUGUCACUUCAAUUACACCCUGUAGCAUUACUGCCUGCAGCGAGGAUGAUCUGACUUAACCGAAGCGGGGUGUAAUCCCACUGCACCCCAAUGCACGUGGCCAUGAGAGAGGCAGCAUCCCGCUGCCCCUGGUCCUGCCCCUACCCCACAGUGCCUGACAAAUCCACAUGACACUGGGGAAGGUUGGGCAGAGGAUGGAUGGAGGAAUGGAUGGAGGGAUGUAGGGAGGGAUGAAGGGAUGGAUGGAUGGAUGGAUGGAUGGAUGGAUGGAUGGAUGGAUGGAGGGAUGGAAGGAGCCUCCAGAAGGACACGUAUGGAUGGAAGGACAGAUGGAGGAUGGGUGCAUGGGUAGAGGGAUGGAAGGACGUGCAGUUGGCGGGAGGCAGGUGGGCACACAGGGGUUGGGACAUUUCUGCACUCUGCUCCCAGGGAAAUGUGCAGCAACAUCUGGAGCAACCAAAGUGUGGCCAUGGGGCUGUUCCCAUAGGGAGAUGGGCCUUCGGAAUGGGAACUGACUCAACACCCCUCCUCAUCUCCUGGAUGGAUUUCCCUAUGGGGUGGGACUUCUUCCCCCCAGCGGCUCUGGGGGAUCCCCCAGGCUGGGCAGGGAAACCACACUGUCACACCUGGGAACCAAGCUCAUGUCUGGAUCCCAUUGGGAAAAAGAGCAUAUCUGCCCUGUUUGAGCCCUUUGCCCACAAUCAGUGCUCACCUCCCCACUUCCACCCUUCCCAACGCUUUGCUCCCUGCAGGAGAAGCAGUAUUUCUCCUUUCCUGGAGAGCUGCUCAUGAGGAUGCUGAAGAUGCUGAUCCUGCCACUGAUCACCUCCAGGUGAGACAUCAUUGUCUGCAUCUAACGGACCAUGAGACAGGACACGCAGCUGCCUGAGUGCGGUGCCAGGCCCUGAGAUCAGGGCAGGGGAGCAGAGCUGGGGGUCACUUGUGGUUCUUUCCCUCUUAAAACUGCGGCACAUGGGGGCUCCAAUCAGGAUCCCCAACGCCAACUCCAUGCAGUUUGGGAGCGGGUGCUGAGUAUGGUGUUUUCUGGCACAGCCUGAUGUCUGGGCUGGCUACCAUGGAGCCCAGGGCCUGUGGGAAGAUGGGGGUGAUCACCAUCACCUAUUACCUUUGGACCACUUUCAUGGCGGUGACCAUCGGGAUCAUCCUGGUAGUCAGCAUCCACCCCGGGGCGGCGGCGCAGAAGGAGGAUUACUCUGCAGGGAAGGUGGUGCUCAGCUCUGCCGACGCGCUGCUGGAUUUGAUCAGGAACAUGUUCCCUUCCAACUUGGUGGAAGCAUCCUUCCAGCAGUAUCGAACUGUUAUCGUCCCAGUAGUGAAGUCUCCACGAUUCCCAACAAUCCCAGGGAAAUCCCUCAGUUUUAUUUACUUCGCACCGGAUGAAGAAAACCCUGAAAUCCACCGGCCCGUGUUUCUUGAGCUGACACCAUCUCCCGAAAUGACGUACAGGACCCUGCCAGGGACCAGCAACGAGAUGAACGUCCUUGGGAUCGUCAUCUUCUCCGCGACCAUAGGGCUCCUCCUGGGAAAGAUGGGUGAGCGAGGAGCACCGCUGGUCAACGUGUGCCAGUGUCUGAACGAAGCCGUGAUGAAAAUCGUCUCCAUGGCUGUUUGGUACUUCCCUUUCGGCAUCGUGUUUCUCAUUGCUGGGAAGAUCCUGGAGAUGGAAGACCCAUCGGUUACAGGCCAGAAGCUGGGGCUGUAUGCCAUCACCGUGGUGUCGGGGCUGGCCAUCCAUGGGCUUGUUCUCUUACCGCUGCUUUUUAUACUCAUCACCAAGAAAAACCCCUAUGCUUUCAUUAAGGGGAUACUGCAAGCUUUGCUGAUUGCCUUAGCUACAUCUUCCAGCUCAGCGACCUUGCCCAUCACCCUGAAGUGUCUUCUGGAAAACAAUGGCAUAGACCGGCGUGUGGCACGCUUUGUCCUUCCUGUCGGUGCCACCAUCAACAUGGACGGCACGGCACUGUAUGAGGCAGUCGCUGCCAUCUUCAUUGCCCAGGUCAACGAGUACGACUUGGAUUUGGGGCAGAUCGUGACCAUAAGCAUAACAGCAACUGCGGCGAGCAUUGGGGCAGCCGGGAUCCCACAGUCGGGACUCGUCACGAUGGUCAUCGUGCUGACCUCAGUGGGGCUGCCCACUGCUGACAUCACGCUCAUCAUUGCAGUGGACUGGGCCCUGGACCGAUUUCGGACCAUGACCAAUGUCCUCGGGGAUGCGCUGGCUGCUGGCAUCAUACAACAUGUCUGUGAGAAAGACUUUGCCCCAAAGCCCCCAAAGCAAGAUACAGUGAGCGACACAGACAAAUUUCCUUCUGCAGAGCCCCCACUUCUGCAUCCCAAAGACAACGUGAUCCAACUGCUUGAGGACACUCUGUUCGAGCAGAUGGGGGUGCACUACAACAUCUGCCAGGUGUAGGUUGCAGCUCUCCCACCCCAGGACAGGACCUUGGUGCUAAGCAUUCCCAAUGCCACACACGGCUGCUCCACAAGAGAAAGGCCUUAUCUGGGGCAGCAAACCCCUCUCUAUCCUUUCUAUCCUGCUGCCUGGAGCUGAGGACAUGACCGGACUGGCUGCCCUGCCUACAGCAGUUGGGAUUAUGGCACAGCCUUGUCCUCUUCCAUGAGGCUGCUCAGGGGAUUGGGGAACAGCUACGAGGUGAUGGCAGAGAGCAGCAGAGGUGGAACUGAAGCUGUCAUCUUAUGGCAGCAGCCUCUAUCUGCUGCCCAGGCUGCAUGCCAUAAGGUGUUAAUAGUUCUUUUUAAACCUUUUUAUACACACUAAUACAUACCAAUAUAUAUUGCAUAUUAAUAUAUAUAUAUAUACAUGCAUAUCUUUUAGGUUCUCAUCUGAAAAACAAAGUGUACCUUUUGCCCAGAGCCCAAAGCCAAAGCUGAGCAGAACAGGAUGCUGCAGCAGUGAUCAGCAUGCUGCAGCAGUUUAUCAGCAUUACCCCAUUGCAGCUGUGCUCCUAAGUUCAAAUUCCCAUUCCAAUGAAAGCCUUAAAACACAGCUCCCAAGGGCUGCCUUCUCCACAAAAGUCUUUCAUACACGUUGUGUGUGUUGCUGGAUGCAUUUACCUCUUCCAACGCCACCACAUCCCCCUCCUGCCCCGGGCUGUCAUUACUGCCACAGCACAAGGCUGACAGAGCAGCUUAAAUUCACACCAACAUCACUGAAUUUCUCUAAAAGAUGAUACAAUCCACAGGGAAAUGAAUUGAGCUAUUCCUAUUACUCAGAUGCAGGCAGACAAGAUCAGCUUACAAGCUGAUAAGGACUGGGGUAAAUCCAGCAGCACCAGCAGAGUAAUGCAUCCAAUCCCAAAACGUCAGCAUGGUGUUCUGCAUUCAGAGUAACACGAGUGCACCAGAAGAUGAGGGACAGGAGGUUUCCAGAAGUCAUGAAAGCCACUGAGAAUGGGCCCAAAGUCACUGAGCAGCACCAGGAGCAGCGCUGUCCCCCUCUGGGACUGUGGGUGCAACAUGUGGGAAUGGGGUGAACUGAAGGAUUCUGCUCAGCACACUGAAAACUACUUCAGCCUCAAAGAUUGUGUGUACCGUAUCUUAAUAAAGCUGGGAGAGCAACUGGGCAAAGGCACAGGGCUGUUGUCUGAGCAUUAUUCUCGCUGAGAAAAAUCACUAGAAGCUACUUAUGGCUUCUGUAACUAUUAAUCCAAGGUAGCAGAAGCCAAGGGCUUUAUGGUAUCUCCCAGAAUUCGGGUAGAAAACCCAACCACUUGGCCAAAUGAGCCCUUAUUUGGGAAAUGGAAUGCCACCAACGGGUUUGGUGAAGGGGAGCAGGUGACCCUAAGGACUACCCUCCGAGGAUUCUAUGAUUCUAUGACCCGCACCAGGCAAUCAGCUCAUGCACCUCUUGUUCAUCACUGAUGUAAAUGCACAGCUGAUGGCAGUGGCUAUGUUGAAAAGCAGUAUUUUGGAGCUGAGAAUCUGCUCCAUCAAACAGCGUUUUGUACUGGUUGUAUGCCAAGAAGCAUUGCUCCUUUUGUGCAUGGAGAUCGCGGGCACUCGUUGGGACAUUUGUAGACAUCCAUCAGAAGAUGUUCUCAGUGAGCUUAGCUAAUCCCUUAAUUAUCUUGUAUGCUGAGAGGAGCAGAAAAUAUGUUUCUUUGGAGCUUGGAUGCAGGUGGUAGAUAAUAGCCAUGUUCUGCCAUACGCAGUGAAGACUGGUCGGUGUUCGCAGCUCUCAGUCUGUGGUUGCAUCAGAGAAAAUGAGAAGCUCUACAGGGAAAUGAAAUAAGGAAGUAAAUGAAAAGACGGGAAGAGGCAAAGGCAGACAGGUCCCGCCCCACUCUCACUACACAGAUGUUCACUCCUGAAAGGAGCAGUUCAGAGAGAUGAAUGUGUUGCUAACUGAAGAACGUGGGUCACCCUGAUGUUAGGGCAGAUGGGAAAGAAAACAUAGGGCUGGAACAGUGCUCCCAGCCCAACAUUGCUGCUCCACUCACCUUUGGCCAGCUCACCUCAGAACCUGCUGCUCACUGUCCUUCCACGUGCAGAACCACAACCACGUGGUUAUUUGGCCAUUCCCGCUCCUCCACUUGGUCUCCAGAAGUCUGCAGAGCAUGGUUGCAUGUCUGCAAAGCAUUACCUCAAACCAUGUCCUGGUGCUAGAAUGUUAACAGCAACAUGACGCUCCUGUGUUUCAAGAACACUGCCUUGUCUUUGGGUGUUUUAAGUCAAUUUCCAUCUCUUUUUCCAAUGCCAUUUCCCAGCUGCAGUUAUUUGCUGUGACAGAUCAAACACUGCUGACACUUCCAUCCUUGAGAUGUCCAGUGAUCCCUCUGUUCAGAGCCAGGCACAAUUCCUCUCCCUCUGCUCCCACUGGCAAUCCAAUGCCAGUCCUCAUCUUUGACUGUGAGUUUCUCCUGCCCACGUGGUGGUGAUCCCUCCUCUUCCCACAUCUCAUCAUCUGCUCUUCAGCACUAACAGCUGUUCUUCAAGAAUGUGGGCACCAAUGUGUGGUUCCUACACACAAAGGCUUCAGUGGGAAAUAAAACACUGACACAGACACUUUGUGCACAGCAAUUCACGUGCUCAUAACCAGUCACAAAAGCAGGUCUUAUCUGCCUGUAUUCCUUCAGACCUUUGCUUUUCCAGCCAGGUACAAGCAAUCCACGCAUGGAGCGUGGAUUGUUUAUCCACCUAUAGACAAUGUCGGGCUUUAAGACCCCUUUGAACUCAAACCACAGAAUGUUUUGUAGCUGAGAGUUUGUGGCAUCAAAUGGUAUUACAGUGCUCUCUGUGGCAGUUGUACUCCAAGGAAAUAAAUAGGAGGCAUUACUUUCAGAGCGACUUAUGUAUAUGCCUGACACAAUCCAACAAAACGUAGCCCCUGGCUCUGGUUGAAGCUGUUUUUUUUUUUUUCAGUUUCCAUGCUCUUUUUUUCUUCUUUUUUUUUUUUUUUUUUUUCCCAGUCUAACAGCAGCUCAGAGUGGAUUUCAAGUGCACAGCAUUGAUGCCGCUGUAGAAAAUGUUUUUGUUUCAAAAAGAGGACACACAUCCCAGAGCUGACAGCUGGGACAAAGCACACCAAGCCCAACCAGAACCGCCUUGCAGGAACAGAUGAAUUGAAGCCAUCGUUACAAAGGAAAUUCUGAGAACUUCAGUCCAGUGAUGAACAUCACAGGUCCUCAGCUGACUGCCACCAUCACUGCAGUGUGAUGUGGAAUUCCCACUGCAGCUCUUUUAAGCUGAGGUUGAACAUUUUGGCAGUUCUACAGAAUGCCUCCUUCUGCAGCAUCCUCACUCCCACUACAGUUUCAUCUUCAGCUACAAAACCACUGAACUGCUCCAGUGGUUCACGGUUUCUGGCCUCCCUUCCACGCAGCCAGCACAACAAAGCCCUGAGGGUGACACAGACACAAGCUAAUGCAUCCAGGUUGCCAAGUCCCCACCAACAUCCUCCCCCUAUGCUCCCACAACGGAGCACAUGGCAAGGCUGCGGACUGCCAGAUCCACCCCUCACACGAAGAACUCCCCGAUUCCCAGCUUCCUGCAUCCCCCAACCAAAGCACACAGACACAGCACAUAUACA